UCACUAGGUCGGUGCUGAAACGCUCUCAAAUUGCAGGGAGCCCCACAUGGAUCGGAGGUGGGAUGACCGAGAAGAUGACUGCGACAGUAAAAAAACCUCCACCGCCUUUGACCGCUCUCUCAGGAAUUUUACCGAACACCUAGUCGGCGUAACUAUUCGACCCCCUUAUAUGCCCACUCCCACGCUCCCCGAACCCCCCAUUUUCACCCACUCACCAGAACCCACCUCUCUCUCUCUCUCUCUCUCUCUCUCUCUCACCCAGUUCACUGCCAUUGACAAAGAGUGAGAAUUUCGUUCCAUGGACCCAAAAGACGAGAGCCACCCAAAUUCUCCGCCAAUUUCAGUUGGAUUCGACCCGGAAUCAAUUGGGUUGUCGGCAUUUCGAUCGGAAAUGCCGGAAUCGUUAAUGGGUUCUCAGUUGAUUCCUUCGUCCACUUCUCCUCUGAUGGAAUUCGAAGCCUUCUGUUCUGUAAACCCAUUGGGUGCUUUCGACUUCACUGAAAGUGUUUCAAUUCCGACGUCGUCUAUGGGCGGCGGCGAUGCGGAGGACGUGGUUGCUCCGCCGCGGCCUCUGGAAUGUCUGCAGGGCACUCCGGUGCCUCCGUUUCUGUCCAAGACUUUCGAUUUGGUAGAGGACCCAUCGCUCGACCCGAUCAUAUCGUGGGGCUCCAGCGGCGGCAGCUUCGUGGUGUGGGACCCAUUGGAGUUUUCCAGGCUCAUCUUGCCGAGGAACUUCAAGCACAACAAUUUCUCAAGUUUUGUGCGGCAGCUUAAUACUUAUGGGUUUCGCAAGGUUGACCCAGAUAAGUGGGAGUUUGCGAACGAAGCUUUUCAGAGGGGCCAAAGACAUUUGUUGAAGAGGAUCCAGAGACGCAAGUCACCUCAGUCUCUCCAAAUCGGGAGCUUUAUCGGGCCUUCCGCGGAAGAAGGAAAAUCUGGAGUGGAAGGUGAGAUAGAGAUGUUGCGGAAGGAGAGGAGUGUGUUAAUGCAGGAGUUGGUUGAAUUGCAGCAGCAGCACCGGGGCACAGUUGACCAUAUGAAGGUAGUGAAUCAGAGGCUUCAGUCAGCAGAGAAGAGACAGAAGCAGAUGUUUUCUUUCUUGGCCAAGAUGCUUCAGAACCCGGCAUUCGUAGCCCAACUUCAAAUAAAAACGGGAAAGGAAGAUAUAGGCCCUUCAAGGGUAAGGCGGAAAUUUGUUAAGCAUCAGCAGCAUGAACUCGGUAAAUCAGAUGCCGAUAUGGAAGGCCAGAUUGUGAAGUACCAGCCUGCUUGGAGAAACCGAACCACAUCCUCCACAGCCCUGGAUUCGAAUCCAGUUCCUUUUGAACAAUCUCCUGAUCAUCUUUCACAAGUUAUGACAGGAAAACUGGAUUUAGGUUCAGUAAGCACGCCAUUCCAAUUUGCGGAUCCUGCACUAGAUGAAUUAGCAGCAACACAAGGAUUUCUCAAAACACCAGAGCAAGAGGGUGAAGGGGCAUCAAGCAUGGCAACUGAAGAUCCUUUUUUCAAAGGGAAGAGUGUUCUGAGCCCACAACAAGAGGCUAAUCCGGAGUGUUAUGUCUCUUUCCAGGAGGAUUUGGCGAAUGAAAGGACUUUUCUGGAACUCUUUUCUCCAGGGAUGGAGAGCAUGAUCAAACAAGAAGACAUAUGGAGCAUGGGUUUUGGUGUCAGUGCUGGUAUGUCAAGUUCUAGCCAUGAGUUAUGGGGUAAUCCGGUCAACUAUGAUGUGCCAGAGAUGGGAGUCACGGGCGGAUUGUUAGAUGUCUGGGAUAUCGGUCCCCUGCAAGAAGCAGGAGGCUCAGGCAUUGAUAAGUCUCCAGCCCAUGAUUCUGCAUUUGAUGAGCCCGAGAGUUCAGCUGGCCAGCCGAAAGAAGAUGCAUCUAAAACUACUGAUCCAUAGGGCUGCAUUAGCUGCCCUUUCGGAUCCUAGUCAUUCUCAGUUGCAGGGGUCUAUUAUAUGGACAAUUAUGAAUGAUUAUAUUAAUUUGAUAUCAAAGUUUCAUUCUUU